CAUUAUCUUGGCUGCCAAACCACAAAGACUUAAGAAGAAGAAGAACACCAAACUUGUAACUCUUGUACAUUUUCGUGUUUGACCCCAGGCUUCUCCCUCAUCACUACAUGUAUACACUGUAGUAUAGGCUGGUAUAAGCCUCCGGAGACUAAAUAAAAACUCUCAUAAAUUAAUUUUUCCAUCUGAUCUUCUUACAGAAGUUGCUCAGGCUGUUACGACCAUCAUGGCAACAAGUGGAAUGGGCUCUAAUGAGGUGGAAAGCAGCGUGGAAGGAGAGUUUGGCAGCAGAAUGGUGACUGCAAAAUCCUACAGGUGUGAGGAGUGCAGCAAGCAGUUCAGUUACCUAAGUCACCUGAAGAGGCACAUGCGGACUCACACAGGUGAGAAGCCCAACAGGUGUGAGGAGUGCAACAGGCAGUUCAGUCAUCUGGGCCAUCUGAAGCGUCACAUGCGGACUCACACUGGAGAGAAACCUUACAGGUGUGAGGAAUGCAGUAAGCAGUUCAGUCAUUUGAGUAAUCUGAAGGCUCACAUGCGGACUCACACAGGGGAGAAACCCUACAGGUGUGAGGAGUGCAGCAGGCAGUUCAGUACCCUGAGUCAACUGAAGAGGCACAUGCACACUCACACUGGGGAGAAACCCUACAGGUGUGAGGAGUGUAGCAGGCAGUUCAGUCAGCGGAGUAGUCUGAAGAUUCACAUGCGGACUCAUACAGGUGAGAAACCCUACAGGUGUGAGUGCAGCAGGCAGUUCACUACUCUGAGUCAACUGAAGAGUCACAUGCGGACACACACAGGUGAAAAACCAUUUGUGUGUGAGGAGUGCAGCAGACAGUUCAGUCAUCUGGGUGGUCUGAAGGCUCAUGUGCGGACUCACACUGGUGAGAAGCCCUACAGGUGUGAGGAGUGCAGCAAGCAGUUCAGUCAUCUGAGUAAUCUGAAGACCCACAUGCGGACUCACACUGGAGAGAAGCCUUACAGGUGUGAGGAAUGCAGCAGGCAGUUCAGUCAGCUGAGUAUUCUGACGACCCACAUGCGGACUCACACUGGAGAAAAGCCUUACAGGUGUGAGGAAUGCAGCAGGCAGUUCACACAACUGGGUGACCUGAAGACUCACAUGCGGACUCACACUGGUGAGAAGCCCUACAGGUGUGAGGAAUGCAGCAGGCAGUUCACACAACUGGGUUACCUGAAGACUCACAUGCGGACUCACACAGGGGAGAAACCCUACAGGUGUGAGGAGUGCAGCAGGCAGUUCAGUACCCUGAGUCAACUGAAGAGGCACAUGCACACUCACACUGGGGAGAAACCCUACAGGUGUGAGGAGUGUAGCAGGCAGUUCAGUCAGCGGAGUAGUCUGAAGAUUCACUUGCGGACUCACACUGGAGAAAAGCCUUACAGGUGUGAGGAAUGCAGCAGGCAGUUCACACAACUGGGUGACCUGAAGACUCACAUGCGGACUCACACUGGUGAGAAGCCCUACAGGUGUGAGGAGUGCAGCAAGCAGUUCAGUCAACUGGGUAAUCUGAAAACCCACAUGCGGACUCACACUGGGCGUGAUACUUAA